AUGGAUGAGAGCAUGGUUACUAGAAGAAGGUAUGCUAAUUUGAUUCAAUUUUUGUGUUUUGUCUCUUCUUUAGAGCCUAAAAAUUUGAAGGAAGCAUUGAUGGAUGAAGCAUGGAUUCAGGCAAUUCAAGAAGAGCUGGAUCAAUUCAUUCACAAUAAAGUAUGGAUGCUUGUUCCUAGACCAACUUGUGCUAAUGCCAUAGAACAAACUGGAUUUUCAAAAACAAAAGUGAUGAGUUUGGUGAAACAAUCUGAUGAUGGCACAUUUGUUUCACAAAGUAAGUAUGCAAAAAACUUGGUGAAGAAGUUUGGGCUUGAAAACGCCAAACAUAUUAAUACUCCUAUGAGCACAACUUUGAAAUUAUCCAAAGAUGAACAAGGAGUGAAGGUAGAACCUACUUUGUACCGAAGCAUGAUUGGUAAUUUACUUUAUCUUAUUGCUAGUCGUCCUAAUAUCUGCUAUAGUGUUGGUGUUUGUGCUCGUUAUCAGGGAAAUCCCAUGGAAUCUCAUAUUUCUAUUGUGAAAAGAAUCAUUCGCUAUGUCAAUAGCACUGUUGAUUUUGGGAUUUGGUUUUCAAAAGACACUAACUCUAAUUUGGUGUGCUUUAGUGAUACUGAUUGGGCAAAAAAUGCAUAUGAUAGAAAAAGUACUAAUGGUGGAUGUUUCUAUAUUGGAAACAAUCUCGUUUCAGGGCACAGUAAGAAGCAAAGUUGUAUCUCUCUGUUAACUGCAGAGGCUGAGUACAUUGCUGCGGGUAGCUGUUGUACCCAAUUUUAUGGAUGA